AUGUUCAGCUGUUCGCGCCUCAAUGUGCGGACGGCUUUGACGCAAACCAACACCAAGACAUUCUUCCUUCUGUUUGGAACCCCAACAUUACGCACAACUCGGGCAAUGUCAUCGUCCACUUCCUCAACCGCAAAGCGGCAACAGAGAGACUCCAUCUCGCCGCCGCCGGCCAAGCGGAAGGUUCAGAGCGGCACAACCAAAAGCGCAGUCGCAAACUUCUUCAAGCCGUCGUCCCAGAAACCGAAAGACCGAACGAUUUGGACCGAACGCGCCCCGAACGAUGAUACCCCCGCAACUCUGCUUGUCGGUCGCUACGAACCAGAGCAACCCCCCACCGAAUCCGAGAAGAGGAGCAAGGUUGCUGCCUUUGACCUGGACUCCACCCUGAUCGCAACAGCGUCUGGCAAGAAACAUGCCGACGCUGCUGUGGACUGGAAGUGGUGGCACCCGACUGUUCCAGGGAAGUUGAGGGAGAUGUACAACGAUCAGGGGUAUCGCAUCGUGGUCCUCUCCAACCAAGCCGGCCUUGUUCUCCACGCCGACCCCAAAGCCAAGACCCCGAAAUCGACCAAAGACCGAGUCUCCGCGUUCAAGCAAAAGGUCAAUGCCGUCCUGACGCAGCUCGACAUCCCGACAACUAUAUACGCCGCAACCGAGAAGGAUAUCUACCGAAAACCGCGGCCGGGGAUGUGGAGGGAGCUUUGCGACGACUACGACCUGGUUGACCAAGCCGACCUGAAGCAGAGCAUUUUCGUUGGUGAUGCAGGAGGUCGCAUAGCUGCUUCGAAAACCGCCAAGGACUUCAGCUGCUCUGAUCGGAAUUUCGCUGACAACGUUGGCAUCGAGUAUCAGACGCCGGAGGAGUUCUUUCUCGGCGAGAAGCCGAGAAGUUUUGUUCGAGAGUUCGACGUUGUCCACUACCCCUAUCCAGAUGACUCCGAGUCUUCCGGAACAGAAUCUCUCUUCGAGAAGAAGAACAAACAGGACAUCGUUCUGUCUUGCGGUCCGCCCGGCGCUGGCAAAAGCACGUUUUUCUGGAAGCACCUGAAGCCACUGGGAUAUGAACGGAUCAAUCAAGACAUCUUGAAGACUCGAGAAAAGUGCGUUCAGGCUGCCAAAGAACUGCUGGAGGGCGGACAAUCUGUCGCAAUAGACAACACCAACGCGGAUCCUGAUACGAGAGCGGUCUGGGUUCAGUUGGCACAGAAGCACCAGCUACCCAUCCGAUGCCUGUGGUUCAAGACACCGCUACAUAUCUGCGAACACAACGACGCCGUGCGGUCCAUGAACAAAAUUCUCAAUCCCGAGUCCCGGACUGCACUGCCAAAAAUGGCCUUCAAUGGCUUCAAGUCACGCUUCAAGGAGCCGAAGAUGAAGGAGGGCUUCCAGGACAUCACCGAGGUUGACUUUUCUUUCCGAGGAACCAAGGAAGAACAUGAAGCCUGGGCCAAAUACUGGCUGUGA